AUGUUUGUCGAGAAGAAAAGAAAAAAAAAGUCGACGGGCAAGAGAUUCUGUUUAGACGGAGGAAAGUCAGGCGUCGGGAAUAGGGAGUUGCCGAACCACGAUGAGAACAACUGCAAGGUGCCGGACCGGAUAAAUAAAAUUCCUUUAAAGGGGCAGAGGUUCGCGAGGACGGAGCCGGUUGAGCGGUGUUUUGUCCUUAAUGAUAGCGAUGACGACGACGAUUUGUUCUUCAAAUCGAGUCGGAGGAAUGAGAGCAUGUCGGUGAAAGGUUACCAUGAGCAAGUCGAGGUUGACGUUCAGGGUGCCAGGAAGAUGGUCAUGGCCCUCGUGUAA